ACUGAGCCUCCCGCUGUCCAGCACGCCUGGGAUGGGUAAUGGUGUGCAGGAAGGCUCGGUGCGCCUGCGCGAGGAUGCCGAAGCAGUUCUGUCCGGGGCAGUCUCCUCACAGAGAGACCACAGGCAAGUGCUUAGCUCCCUGCUGUCCGGAGCCCUGGCUGGUGCGCUCGCCAAGACAGCAGUAGCCCCCCUGGACAGGACCAAGAUCAUCUUCCAAGUGUCUUCAAAAAGGUUUUCUGCCAAGGAGGCUUUCCGGCUCCUCUACUUCACCUACCUCAAUGAGGGCUUCCUCAGCCUAUGGCGUGGGAACUCAGCCACCAUGGUGCGAGUGAUUCCUUACGCUGCCAUCCAGUUCAGCGCGCAUGAGGAAUACAAGCGCAUCCUGGGCCACUACUAUGGCUUCCGUGGAGAAGCUCUGCCCCCGUGGCCCCGCCUUCUGGCUGGCGCCCUGGCAGGAACCACCGCAGCUUCCCUCACAUACCCCCUGGACCUGGUGAGAGCAAGGAUGGCUGUGACACCCAAGGAGAUGUACAGCAACAUCUUUCACGUCUUCAUCCGCAUCUCAAGAGAGGAAGGGCUGAAGACCCUCUACUUCGGCUUCACACCCACUGUGCUGGGCGUCAUUCCCUACGCGGGGCUCAGCUUCUUUACUUACGAGACCCUGAAGAGCCUGCACCGAGAGUACAGUGGCCGCCCGCAGCCCUACCCCUUUGAGCGCAUGGUCUUCGGGGCCUGUGCUGGCCUUAUCGGGCAGUCCGCCUCCUACCCUCUGGACGUGGUGCGGAGGCGUAUGCAGACAGCAGGUGUCACAGGCCACCAGCACGGUUCCAUCCUGAGCACACUGCGCUCCAUCGUGCGUGAGGAGGGCGCGAUACGCGGCCUCUACAAGGGCCUGAGUAUGAACUGGCUGAAGGGCCCGAUCGCCGUGGGAAUCAGCUUCACCACUUUUGACCUCAUGCAGAUCCUGCUGCGCCGGCUGCAGAGCUAGGCCCCCUCAACAGUGGACGGUGAGCUGGUGGAUCAAGGACAUGCAGCCGCAGGCUGGCAGCCCUGGUGGUGCCUUGAGGAUAGGCAGGAGGGCGGGACCUGGCUUGGGGCUGCAGGGCCCAUAGCAAAGUGCUGGCACUCAGGGUGUGACCUUGUGAAGGUGGAUCUUGGCUGUGCUCCUCCCUUCAGCUCCUUGCUAGUGGCUGGUGAGUCUCCUAGGUCGUUACCCAAAGGCCCCUAAGGGGUCUGACUGCACUUCCUGCCCUGUGUCCUCUGACCUGCUGCUGAUUCUAGUGCCCAUCGGCACACGGGGCUCAGAGCCCAUCCCUUCUUGCUAUGGCCAUGCCUGGCCUGCAGAUGUGGUGGCCUUUCCUUUAAAGCCACACUCUGGAGGGUCACAGCUUGCUCAGUGGUGGCUAUGCCUGUGCCCCUCAGCCCUCCACCAUGCCUGCCCAUCCCCCCUAGGUGACAGAUGGCCUCUCUUGCCCACACAGCUGUCUCCCAGAGCACUGUGACCAUCUCAUUCCUGAGGGCUGCACCUGCCCUUUGCCAACCACCUGGCCUGUAACCUUUCCAGGAGGCCCUGUGGCCACCAGGCAGGGGCGUCAGGUACAGACCCCACUGGAAAUGCCCAUGUAGGUGUCACUUACCUGGGGUGCUUCCCAAAGGUUCUCGUGUGCACGACACCCAUGGAGACAGAGCUCAAGCUCCUGAAACUGCCCAGCCAGGUUUUGGGCCUGCUGUGAGCCCUGGUCUGCACCGAGGCUGCCAUAGGCCUAAGAUGGGCAGCUUUUCCUGUGUGAGUGAGUGCAGAGGUGUCUGUGGCCUGGGAAGUAAGGAAAGGCCAGGGCACUGGGCGCAACCAGCAGCCAACUGACCUCAAGGAGAAGCCCCUGUGCCGCCCUAGGUGUCCCAGGGACCUAAUGCCUUUCCUGAUGUAUGGAGUUCUUGAUAUAGGGUCUUUGAGACAGUCCUAGUCAGAAUCCCUGGCUAGCCUGCUCCUCGGUGUUAUCUGGGCUAGCCUCUAACUUGCAGCAGUCCUCCUGCCUCUAGUUUCUAGUUUUCAACUUAUCCUGCCCAAGGUCUGCACACACAAAACCCCUACCCUGUGCAAUUCGGUUCUUGCUCAGGUGAGCUAAGUGUCGGUUUGCACAGCUGGAUGGCAGCCAUCUCACACGAAGGACCUAAGCAGGGUGGCUUGACCCG